AUGCUCUGGACCCUCCUGGGCCUCUGGGUUUGCCUGUUGUGUGAGCCUGGGUUGACGGCAGCCAUUCCCGUUGCCACCGACUGGCCAGACACAGAAGCAGAUGGCUUCACGGACGACUACCUCCUAUCCUGGGGCACCAGCAGUGACUAUUUUGAUCCCACCAUGGCAAGCACCACAGAGGGGCCAUUCACGAUUCAAAGCACAGUCCCAACUUCAGCUGCUGAAGAAAACCCAGGUGCCAUGACGGAGGAGAACACCUCAAAUCCUCCAGAAGGAGAAAUGCAGAAUUCUGGGUUGGCCUCCAAGGUUGAUUCUGCUACUAAGGCGACCAACCAAGUUGAAAUCCCACCACCAGGAGAAGAGAUAGAAGGGGCCGCAGAGGUCCCUGUUAUGGAAAAGGAAGCCUCAGCCAAAGGAAAUUCUUCAAAGACAUCUUCAGAAAAGGGAACAGUUGAAACCACUCCACGUAUUCCAGGCUCUGUGGAAGUACUUCCCUCUUCCUUAUCGUAUGAUGGGCCAGAAACUACAGAACUUCUAUCAGAUCUCGAUGCUGCUGUAACUGAUUCUUCAUUUGUCCCCGCAUCUUCCAAUGAAGAUGGUUUGGGCGAGAAGACCAUGGACGCCACCACCGGAGAAACAAGUAAAGAUAGUGAACUAAACCCAACGCUUACUUCAUGGAAAGAUACUCCAGGUGAGGAAGAAGAAACACCACAAGCUUUCCCAGAUGCCAACAGUGAGGCAGUGGCUCCAUUGUCCACCCCACAUGCUCCUUUCCCAGAAGAACAACCCAUGGAAGAACCAGAAGUAACUCCUGCCAACGAUGAACACUUGGUUCCACCAACCUCAGGAGAUGGCACUGCAGAAGAAGAGCCAUCACCCUCAUUGCCUCCUCUGGAUUUGCUGCCACCAAGGGACAUACCUGUUGGGUCCUCAGAGUUGAGCGAAAAUGCCACGGUUUCCAGUCAACCAUCUUCCAGCAGUGAGGACAACCCAGGUGCCGAAUCAACCAUUGCAGAUGGAAGGGGUGACUCAGAUGCCUCCACUUCAGUCCCAGUGCUUGGCAGUGAGGCAGAGCCAACCAUCAUUCCAUCCUGGGAAGAACCAGAGAUGGGACCAGAAAGCCCAACUGGUGUAACUCCUGAAGAAUCAGAAGACCUUAAGGGUGCAGAAGCAUCUAAUUCCCCUCUGGCAGAUGGUACAGCAGACCUUCUUCCCACUGUGCCCUAUCCAAAUGACCUUUCUUCAAGACCUUCAGAUCUGGGUUCUGAUGCAACACCAGCUCCUCCAAUUGGGCUUUCCAUGCCUCCAGGUUACUCUUCUCUGUUGCCAGAAGAUGAUGAGAUGCAGACAGUUUCUGUAACUAAAGAAGAAACAGAGGAAGGCUCUGGAACACCAAAUAGCAAUGAAAUACCUUUCACCCUGGCAUCUCCUCAGCAAGAAGAGGGAACCGAGAUACCAGAGGAAGGCAUUUCAGCAACCGAAGUGCCGAAGGGAGAUGAUUCUGUAGGACUUGGAAGUGGAACAGCCUCACCCAUGAAGCCUGGAGAGGAAACAACCAGUUCAGAACUGGCAGGAAAUGAGCAAUCUGCCACAUCUGAUGGUGCUGCUAUUCAGAGUGAAAUUACUCCUUUCUCUUCAGAGAUGACACCAAGUAAUUCCGCUGAGGUGGCAGGAGAGGAUCUAGAAGGUUUGAAGGACAUGGAGGCAACUUCUCCUUCUGCUCCAGAGGACGAAGCAGCAGUCAAUGAUCAAGAAGCAGCUGGAGAAACAGUCUUCACCACAUCAAAAAGUGGUGUUUCUUCUGAAGGGCAAGGAGAAGAAAACUCUGGAAAUGGAGGUCCUCUUUCUGAUGAGAGCACAGCAGUUCCAGACCCAGGUGCUACUUCUGUAUCAGCCUCUAAUGAGGAAGGAGAGAGCAGGACAGAUUCCCCACCAUCUGAUGGUGAGCUGGACUCAACAGAAGGAACCCCACUGCCUGUAGGAGGUUCAGGGUCCUUGGAGGAUGGAGAAUCUUCAAGUCCAUCACCUGUAGAGAAUGCAGUGGCUUCGGAGUCUGCUUCAACAAAAGCUCCAUCAAGUAGCUCGCCUGAAUCUCCAGAUGCUUCCCAACCAGAGGACAACAUGCAAGCAGACUUGGAAGCCACUGAUGUGUCUGAGGAACCCAAAGGCUCUGUUGAGGAGGAAGUAUCUUCUGCCACAGACACUGGAUCAGCUACUGAUGGAGCAACAUUUUCUGGAACGAGUGGAGAAACUGUGCCCUCUGGAGAUGUGAUGGUAGGAGCUGCUUCAGAAGCUAAUAAGGGGGCUAUUUCAGAGAGCAACAGUCCAGAGGAAAUCAAUACUCCAUCCUCAGAGCUAGCACCAACUUCAGAAAAGGGAAUGGCAACUAAUGAACAACGCUUUUCAGAUAUAACAGAUGAUGGUUCUGGAGACUUUUCUACUUUUAUUGCAGGCAGUGGGUCCUCAACAAAAGAUGGAGGACUAUCAGAGGAAACAUCUCCUACACUUCUUGAUGGUUCAUCUUCUGAAUCUUUCACUUCAGAGGUUGAAGGUGAAGACUCCCCAAGCCCACCUUUGGGAGAUGUUGGUUCUUCUUCAGGAAGUGAAGUUCCAGGAGAUAACAAGAGUGGAGAAGACAACACAGGCCUGCUGGCAAAUGAAGGGGCUGUGACAAACAGUGGUGAGAGCCAGACAACAGCUGACACCUCAGAUACAGAAUUAUCUGGAGAAGCAGAUUUGCCUGCUGGACAAUCAGAAGCUUUGGCUAGUGGAGCAAUGUCAGAUCAACCCCUUUCGGAGGAAGGAGAGGCAUCUGGAACCAACUCAUACUCAGGAGAAGAAUUCUCUUCUGCUCCAGCUUCUUUAGCAAAGGAUGGAGAGACAUCUGCAACAAGUGUAGCCUCAGGAGAAGAUUCUCCUUCCAGUUCAGGCCUCCUUCAAAUUCCAGAUCCCAACCAGCCAUCUCCAGAUAAUGCACUAAAAUCUGAGCCUGUAGCGUCUAGUGAGGCUGGGAAGGAAGUAUCUCUGGAUCCAUCAACCACAAAAUCACAAACUGCCUUGCCCACCACUGAAGGCCUGGGAAGUGCUGGCUCCAACUUGGAAGAUGAUGAACAACCUCAACAAUCUCCAGAUAAUACAGCUUCAGAAGGGGCAAGCCAAGAACUGGAAGAUAGUUCCAGUGUGGAUGGGAAGGUAGCAACUUUGGAUCCAUCAUCUGCAGAGUCACAAAAGGUGUUGCCCCCCACUGAAAGGCUGGGAAGUGCUGGCUCUAGCUUGGAAGAUGGCGAGGAACCUACACUGUCUCCAGAUGAUGCAGCUCCUGAGGGGGCAGAACAAUCAGAAGAAUCUUCCAAAGUGAAGGAAGAGGAAACAUCUAUGGCUCCAUCAGACACAAUGUCACAAGAGGCCUCUGAUGGAGUAGAAAUGAAUGCUUCACUGGUGGGAGAGAAUGAGGGACCUCAGUUGUCCCCAGAUGACACAUGGGAAAUGGGACCAAAGUCAACUUCUGAGGCAGAAACAGAGCCCAAAGACAUUUCUGUUAUCAGUGGAAUGAAACCAUCUUCCACUGAAGGAGUGGAAACUUCCUUCUCUGGGACAGCAGUGGAAUCUCAGCCAUCCUCAGAUGGUAUUACCAGUAGUGACACAGUUGCAGGUCUUGGAGCUUUUGAUGAGGUGGAACAAUGGGAAGGCUCUUCUCCUGUAAAUGAGGAUGAAACACCUUCAGAAUUAUCCUCCACAGAGUUACCUGGAACAUCUGGAGCUGAAGACACAUCAGGAGGAGCUGGGAAUGGAAAGCUCUCCCUGUCUGCUGAAGAGGAAGAAGUGCCCCCCUCUGUGUCUGCAGAUGCCAAAGGAUCUCAGCAAUCUCUCAAUGGUGCAACAGAAGGUCCUGGAGAUUCUGGUGGAGUAAAAAUAUCAGAUGGCUCCUCUAGUCUGAGUGGGACUUUGUCUGCAGAAUCAUCCUCUCCAUCUGUAGAAGGGAUGGACUCUGCCAGUGAAGGGUCAGGAAAUGAUGGAGGAUCUCAACCAUCUCUGGAUGGUGCAGAGCCAGAACAACCAAGCAUCUCUUCCAGCACAAAUGGGAAGGAAUCAUCCUUGACUCUACUAGGCACAGAGGCACAGCCAGGCUCUUCUUCUCCUGAUGGCAUACAAAAUGAUGGUUUAUCAACAUCUGGUUCACCAGCAUCAGCUAGUGAAGAAGCUCAGCUGCCUUCAGAAUAUGCAGAUAGAGCAGGUACUGAAGCAGGAGAAGAAUCAGGAGAUGUUUCUGCCACAAGGUCACCACUAACUUCUCUUUCCAAAGAAGAAGUUGGAGAUUCUGUUUUGGAGUUGGGAAGUUCUGUAGGAUCUCAGACAUCUCCAGAUGCUGCGGAAGCAACAGCAACAGAGCCAGUGGCUUCUGAGGAAGUGGAACAGUGGGGAAGCUCUUCUGCGGCAAGGGAGGAGGACAUAAUACCUUCAGAUUCAUCAGCCACAAAGACACCUGGAACAUCUCCAGACGAAGAGCUGAUCAAUAACGUGGAAUCACAGGCAUCUGGUGCACCAGCAGCUGGAACUUCAGCUUCUGGGGAGGAAGAAGAACCUGAAGACACUUCCAACACAAAUGGCAAGGAACUAUCUUUGUCUCCAUCAGAUAUAGGAUCAGAGUCGCUUAGGACAUCUGCUGGUGAAGAGGUCUCUGGAGGACUUAGUGAGGAAAAAACUAAUCCUGCUGCUGGCUUGGAUUCAAUGGGUACCAAAUCCACUUCUUCUUCUGAGACAGGCCAGAAUCCAGAAAGUAUAGUAAAUCUGGGAGAGACACCUGGGCCAAUGGAUGAUGGAGAACCUUUCAGUCAGUCCUCCCCUGCUGGUGAUGGGUCUGUGACAGCAGUGGUCAACAAAGCUCCAGGAGAAAACUUGCUUUCUGGUUCCACAUCUCCUGAUGAGGCUGUAGCCACCCAAGGAACACCUGGCCAGAUCCCUGGAAUUAGAGAUUCAUCCCUGACACCCUCACCAAUGACAGAAGUAGAUACGGAGAGUCUUGCAGGAGUCAUGGGAAGUGACACAGGGGCAUCCAAUAGCAUUGGGACUUCUCUUCAAUCAUCCGAAUCUGGAGGCACAAAGAUGGCCACAGAUCAAGAAUUAGGAAUGGCAUCCUCUCCUUCAACUGCAUUGUCUUCUAGUGAUACCCAACCGCCCGGAUCCUACGAUUCUGAAAACACUGGAAAUGUAGCUGGAGAACCAUCUUCUCAGGAUCAAGCAGGGGAGGCUGUAUUGAUUGGCAAAGAACCAGGUGAAGUGGACUCUGCCCCCACAGAUUUGGGCAUCCAAGAUGCUGGACCCUCACUCAAUGGACUUGCAAGCUCUUCUGAUGAAGCAUCUGUGGGGAACACCAAAGACGUAUCCCCCACAACUUCUGAAGGGAGAGGUGAUACUGUUUCAGCAUCUGAGAAGGGAAUAAUCAAAACAGCAUCCAAUGAAGCUCAACCUUCCCACUCUGGCACAACGUUGUGUCCAGCAACAGUGUCACCAUUGCCUGCUGUGGAAUCAGGACCUGAGGUCAAUGCUGGGAUGUCUUCUCAGUCUUCCAAGGCUGGUGUCCCAGAAGGUCCCGGAGACAUACUUUCUGGAAAGCCAUCUGCAUCUUCCUCUUUAGGUUCAGACACCACAAAGUCAGGAUCUAUGAGUGGCUCCAGCGCCCCAUUGUUGCCUGAUUCUUCUGUUCAGAAGGAAGCAACUGCGGUGGUCAGCAAAGAUACAUCUGGUGGAACCAAAGCAUCUUCUACUAGUAAAUCAGACCCCUCACUUGUAGGAUCAGGAGUUGGCCUGGGCUCUACAAAAUCCACAAAACCUUCCAGCAUGACGCCCAAGAAGAAGGAAGAGGGCAAGCUCCCUGAAAAGGGAGGAGAGAGCAAAACAUCAGGAAAGAAAGAAGACAGCAAAAAGGUAGAUAAAGAAGACAGCAAAAAGUCAGAUAAAGACAGCAAAACAUCAGAAGAAGACGAUAGCAAAAUGUCAGAUAAAAAAGACAUCAAAAAGUUAGAUAAAGACAGCAAAAAGUCGGACAAAAAAGAUGCCAAAAAGUCAGACAAAGAAGACAGCAAAAAGCCGGACGAGAAAGAAGACAGCAAGAAACCAGACAACAAACCCAAUUCAAAUUCCUCAAAUUCCAAAAUAACAAUGACUGCGAAUGACAGGUCGGCCACACUGAACCCUGUCCCUGCAGCUUCACUUUCAGCGUCCCUGUUCCCAUAUGGACCAAUGGCCAAGGAUAAAGAAUACGUGGAAAGGAAGCUGAAUUUUAACUCUCCUCUGUUCAAGCCUGAGAUCGGAGUCCCAUUGGGACUAACACUGCGCGACUCCCUCUAUUUUACAGACAACGGGCAAAUUAUUUUCCCAGUGUCGGAGACGGACAUUUCCAGCUCUCCUAAUGCACCACUUGGAGGAUUUAAUGGCCGGGAGGCCAAACCAAUGGUGGCCGUGUUUUGGGACAAUGCGGACUUCUCCAAAGGAAGUGGCACCAUCUUCUACCAGGAAUACGUGACACAGAAUUCUGCCAAACAUCCUCUGGUCCGGGAUGUGGAAGCGAUGGUCCAGCAGUAUUUGGCGUCGUCCUAUUCGGCCCGAUGGACGCUCAAGAUCACUUGGGUGAAGGCACAGCACUACCCGGCACAGAAGCUAAGCAGCAGAACCAACACUUACCAGGCCAUUCUGACCACCGACGGAUACAGGACGUACACUCUUUUCCUAUACCAAGCUGGAGGAAUGCAAUGGGACUACACCAAACUCUCUUCCAAAAACGUGCUGGUGGGAUAUACCAGCGGGGAUGGAUUCUUCAGAAAUGACGACCUGAUGUCUCAAAUGCCUGCUGUAAAAUAUCGACCGGAUCGUGUCCCCGGUUACAACACAGGAGUGCGCGGCCUGUGGCUCUACAAGCUGGACAGCCGCAUCCGAGUGAACUACCGGCAGCGUUGUUUGGACUGGCUGAGCAAUGAGAAGCAGCCGCUGGCUUGGAACAAAGACCUACCCCCUUGCCCUUGCUCCCUGAGCCAGGGGCUGUCAGAUGGACACUUCACCCUCGGCAAAAAAGGUUUGCUGGAAUCCCACUUCACCAUGCUAUAUUCCUCUGCCCCAAACAAGUACGGCUCUGGGGUCCGGUGUCUCUACAAGAACGAUGGUGGCCAGCUGGUGGAUGGACAUCAGGAGAGAAUCUGGAAGGCCUCCAGAAAAAGUUCCCCUUUCAUGGAUGAAGAGCUGAAGCUCUACGACUGGUGUUGUAGCCGAACAGGGAAACCGUUGUUCUGCGAUAAGUACCACCAGAAGAGACCCAAGAUUGGCUGCGAUGGAUACAAGCCUCCAGUCCAAGCAACAUCGUCUGAAGAGGAGCCGAACAGCAACGAAAGAGGAACAGAGGAAGAGGAAUCCAUGGACACUGAAUGGGAUGAAGACGUCCAAAUGGAACAAAUGGUUCAGACUCAGAACUGUGAUCCAGACCAGGCCAGCAUGAGGAGCCACGGCAAUCAGCUACAAAGUGAAAGAGACAGAAACAAAGUCAGUCCUGCAAACAAAAGAAAUGGAGCUGGUUUACGAUAG